AUGAACAAGCUACUGGUAAUAACUACCGGCUCUGUUGCAACCACAAAAGUUCCCCAAGUCGUUCAGAAGCUAUGUGCGGACUACGAGAUACACUUGGUCUUAACUGAAGCCGCCAAACGGUUUAUAAGCGGUAAAGAGGCACCCUUUGCGUGUCAGCUUGCCGGUGAAGCGAACAUAUAUGAAGACGAGUUGGAGCAGCGUUGGCAAAGAAAAGGGGAUGUGGUGUGGCAUAUCCACUUGACUACCAUAGCAGACGCCCUGGUCGUGAUUCCGGCCUCCGCGGACUUCCUGGCCAAGAUUCGUCACGGUUUAGCCAACGACUUGGCCUCCUGUUGCGCCCGCGCGUGGGACUUCUCCAAGCCGUGCAUGGUCUUUCCCUCUAUGAACACCAAAAUGUGGGAGCACCCGGUAACCAAGGAACAUCUGGAUGUCCUCCAUACCUGGGGGUUCCAGGUCGUGCCGCCGAUCUCCAAGAUGCUCGCCUGCGGUGUCUUCGGCAUUGGCGCUCUCCCUGAGAUUCAUGACUGCAUCACACGCAUUCACGCAUUCACUGCUUUAUUGUAA